UGAGCUUCGCAAUUUUACCAUCCCGUAAAUAAGAUUCGCAAAUUUGCCAUUCUCAAACGAUGUACACCCUCAAAUAUGCCCUAAACAAGAUUUUGAUGUAAACUUUCUUUUGCCAUGUCUUAUUUCUCUUCCCGUUUUGCACCUUCUCCUUAUCCAUUCGUUCACGGUUAUUCACGGGAGACAAUCACAGGAAUUCGAGAGGGGACAACUCCCCCGCCGCGGACGAGACCGAGCCAAGCCGCCGCCCCGUCGAUCUGCUCCAGGCCACCGGCGCUGCCUCCUCCGUCCGCACAAGCCACAAGUUCUGCGGCGGCGAUGGCGCUCUCCUCCUCCCGGUCGCACCACCUCCUGCGCCUGCUCUUCCGGGGCUUCCACGCCUCCGCGCGGACCCUGGCGCGGGCGGAGCCACACGAGUUCUCCAAGCCCAGCAGGUACCUGGGCAGCUGGGAGCCUGUGGCGGAGCCCCAGGAGGCGUGGGGGCGGCUGGACCGGCUGUGCAAGUGGUACGUGCGCGACGUGCAGCUACGGCGGCAGUACGCCUACGAGGUGCAGCUGAUGGAGGCCGAGCGGCAGCGGAAGGCCGAGGCCACCCGCAUCGCCAACCAGGAGCGCAAGGCCGCCAAGCUCGCUGCCGCCCAGACGCGCGCCGCCGAGCGCCGCGCGUUCGAGGACUUCCGCCAGACCCUCAUAGGCUUCGAUCCCUCCUGGCGCGGACGGAGGAGGCAGCGCCGGUGGCCUGGCGCAGAUCGACGGGGCGGCGCCGGCGGCUUGGCUCGUGCAUUGUCCCCUCCCGAAUGCCCGUGACCGUCUGCUGUGAACGAAUGGAUAAGGAGGAGGGGCAAAACGGAGAGAGAAAUAAGAUAUGACAAAAAAAGAAUUUUAAAUUAAAUCAACAUUCUGCCCGGGACAUAUUUGAGGGUGUGCAUCGUUUGAGAAUAACAAAUUUGCGAAUCCAUUUGUAGGAUGACGAAAUUGCGAAGCCCAGUUUUCAUAAUGGUAGAAUUACUAUUUUCUCAAUGAAGUUGAUUAAUAUCGGACACCUUUAUUCCUUGUGACUUUGUGAGAUAAGAGCACUCCCAAUGCAGAAACCAUCAUGGUUUCUAUAGAUAUUAAUUGAAGUGCCACCUAACCAUUUUGAUGAUGUGGCAAGAGAGUUAUUGAA